ACCUCGCUACAAGACUGAUUUCCCUCAACUACCUCCAUCCAACCUAGACACUUUGCCCCCUCACUACACAAUUCAAUCCAUCAAACAUGGGCAUCGAGUUAAGCACCGCCCGAUGGCUCGCGCCAGCCUCAUUCCUCUAUGACUUCGCAGCCCAGCAGUACGGCAUAUUUUCAUCGCCCAACAUGAAGGAUAUCCACGACGCAAAUCUAUCCUUCUUCUCUCCUAAUCCAUACUUCAUCGGCGCCUUUUUCUUCCCGCAGCAACUCUUCCAGUUGGCCUGGCUGUACAAGUUGUGGCGUCUCGACUCGUCCAAGCCGCAAGAACGCAAGCAGCUGGACCAGAUUGUCAAGUUCGUGCCAUACUACGCACUCGGCAACGUCUGCAUAGGCACUUGGAUGUUCUUCUGGAACUCGGGUCAGCUCAAGGCCGCCGAUAUUUUCGUCACCAUCAACACAGCCGCACAGCUCUUCUACGUCUUCACCCAGCUCGAGCCGAUGAACACCAGGGACUGGAGCAGCAUCUUGACCCACGUCGUGUCGAAAACGUUUGCUGGCAUUGGAGUCUUGGACUUGCUGCACAACACUUCGAUUGCCUUCUUCAAGGGCGAGUCGCCGAGCACCCUCGUCAAGGUCGCCACAGGCCUUGGAUUCGCGGGAUUGAGCGCCGGCAGUGAUUGGAUCUUCGGAGGAUGUCUGGUCUACGAUCUGAUUGGGUUGAGCGUGGGACAGGCAGCUUACACCAGUGAUCGGAGUUGGAGUCGUCUGCUGGGAAUGUAUGCGCUUGGCAGCGCUGUCAUUGUGGGCUUGAAGAACUGGGCCCGGCCUCCAUAUGUGUCGCAGAUUAGCGGUUAUGCAGCUGCGGAGCAGGAAGACGUAUGAGAGUUGCACAAGUCGGGUAUUUGGACUUAUCUAAUGGGCUCUGCCUGAACGAUAUGAGAGGUA